CAAGUGUCACUUAUAUCACAUUAAAUAACCCUUGUACCAUUCUCAAAACACACCAGCAUCCACUCAGAGCAUACAGGUCCACAGAGAACACCACAGAGAACAGGCACCACUCCCCGUGGGAUUGGUGCCUCAUGAGAGAAUCAUGUCAUUGACAUACACGCGGCAUCGUGUAGAUCAUAAUAUCUCCAAACAGCUGUGGGCCUCCGUUUCGCCAAAAGGGCAGGAAGUUGAUAAUGUCUCUGAACACCGCACAGCUGACACAAGACAUUGUCACUCCGAUCGUCGAACCACUAGCAGUCGCCAGUGCACAUGCAGCGAUGGCCCGACGAGCGGAUGCGAGAUGCGACGUCCCUUCCCCAGUCCCAUCCGACCCCCAUCACUUUCCCAGCUGACGUUCGAUGGCCUUGAUCUCGUCGGUGAGCGGCUGUCGGCGCUGGAUCUUGACGAGCUGGUCGGCGUCGGGCGUCACCUGGCCGGCCUUCACCUUGUCGGCCAGCUGUGUCACGUCCUUCAGCUUCUUCUUCAGGUUCUUGAGCCGGGUGCGCAGCUCGGCCUCUUCACUGGCGGACGGCGGCAGCUCUGGCGCGGCCGCGAUCGACGUCUUGGACAGCUGCUCCACCAGGCUCUCGUCAAUCACCGGCGCCGGGGGCUCGCUCUUCUCAGACUUCUUCUUCGGCUUGGACUUCUUUGGUUUUGCAGCAGGCGCUGUGCAAAUAGAAUUCCGGCCGGUAUCUCUAAGCGCGAUGGGACGCCAGCGGCGGGGUAGCGGCACGGCGGCGGCGGCGCGUGAUCGCCGGCCGGCCGAGGAGCCCAUGGAGGUGGACGCCGAGGAGCGGCCCGCCGACCCCGAGGAGGACGAGGAUGAUGAGGAAGAGGAGGGAGGAAUCCGCAUCGGCGACAUAUACCUGCCGCCGCCGCCACCGCCCGCCUGCACCUUCGAGAGCAACGGGCCGCGGCUGGUCAUUACGCACAUCGAAAAUGAAAACUUCAAGAGCUACCUCGGCAAGCAGGUGCUCGGGCCUUUCCACAAGAGUUUCACUUCUAUCGUCGGACCAAACGGUAGCGGAAAAAGUAACGUGAUCGACUCGAUGCUGUUCGUGUUUGGAUAUCGAGCUCAAAAGAUCAGGUCAAAGAAAAUCUCUGUCCUCAUUCAUAACUCGGAUAACAACGAGAACAUCGACAGCUGCACGGUCGCCGUUCACUUCCAGAAAAUCAUUGACAGAGGUGACGACGACUUCGAGGUGGUACCCAACAGCCAGCUGGUGGUUGCCCGUACCGCGUUCAGGGACAACUCCUCGUUCUACACGGUGAACGGCCGGCGCACCCAGUUCAAGGCGGUGGCGCGUCUGCUGCGCGCGCAGGGCAUCGACCUGGACCACAACCGCUUCCUCAUCCUCCAGGGCGAGGUGGAGCAGAUCUCACUGAUGAAGCCCAAGGCCCUCACCGAGCACGAGACGGGCAUGCUGGAGUACCUGGAGGAUAUCGUGGGAUCGUCGCGAUACAAGGAGCCGAUCGAGCUGCUCAGCCAGCGGGUGGAGCAGCUGAACGAGCAGCGUGCCGAGAAGCUGAACCGCGUCAAACUGGUCGAGAAGGAGAAGGACGAGCUGGCCGGGCCCAAGGACGAGGCGCUGGCCUACAUCCGACUGGAGAACAAGGUCACCUGCAGUCGAAACACACUGCUCCAGAAACACAUUUACGAGUGUUCUAAGAACGUGGAGAAGGCUCAGACGAAGAAGCAGGAGAUCGAUGACGGCAUGGCCGACAUCAAGAAGCAGCUGGAGGAGCUUGCUAAAAAGCGACAGGAGAAGGAAGACGAGAUGCGCAAACUGGGAAAAGAGCACGACAAGCUGUGUAAGCAGAGCGAGGAGCAGAACGAAAAGUUCAAACAGCACCAGACGGAUGACAUGCAGCUCGAGGAGAAUCUCAAACUCACGCGCGCCAAGAUGAAGAAACUGAAAACAGCACUGAAGACGGACAGGGAAAAGCUGGAAGGUCUGGAGAAGGUGCCGGAGGAGAACCGUGCCCAGAUCGAGACGCUCACUGAGCAAAAGGGCGGACUGGCCGAGGAGCGCCAGCGUGAGGACGAGAACUUCCAGCGGGUGAUGGCCUCGAUCAAGUCUGAGACGCAGCAGUUCCAGGACCAGAAGGACCAGCUGGAGGCGGAGCUGGGCGGCCUCAAGGAGACCGUCAACAAGACCAAACAGACGAUGGACGCGGCGCGGUACGAGCUGGACAUUUACGUCGGCAAUGAACAGUCAGAGAAGGCCAAGCUGGUACAACUGGAGACAGGUCUGGAGACAGCGCGACAGCACGAGGCAGAGAACAAACGACUUCUCUCGGAGCUGGAGCGGGAGGUGCCGCGCGCCGAGCAGCGGCUCGAGGCGGCGCGUACCGAGCUGGCCAGCACCGCCCAGGAGCUGGCGACAGCCGGCGAGCAGCUGCGUGUCGGCCGCGGACGACUGGAGGAGGUGCGAUCGGCACUGCAGUCCGGCAGGGGCCGCGGCGCCGUGCUGAGCGCCGUCAUGGAGCAGAAGCGUAACGGCAGCCUGCCCGGUGUGUUUGGACGGCUGGGUGACCUGGGCGCCAUCCACGAGAAGUACGACGUGGCCAUAUCGACCGCCUGCGGACCCCUGGACAACAUCGUGGUCGACAGUGUGGACACGGCGCAGCAGUGCAUCCAGUUCCUCAAACAGAACAGCAUCGGCACCGCCACGUUCAUCGCGCUGGAUAAGAUGGAGAAGUGGCGACAGCACACGCAGACGCCCAUCCAGACUCCGGAGAAUGUGCCUCGACUGUUUGACCUGGUCCAGGUUAAGGAUGAGCGAGUGCGCACGGCGUUCUAUUACGCCCUGCGGGAUACUCUGGUGGCUGAUGAUCUGACGCAGGCGACGAGGAUUGGCUACGGCCGCCAGCGUCAUCGCGUCGUCACACUGCGCGGUGACCUGAUCGAGACGUCAGGUACGAUGUCUGGCGGCGGUAAGAAGUCGUUCUGCGGCCGUAUGGGCACCAAAGUCGUCCAGGCCGAGGUGACACAGGCAGAGGUGGAGAGCGCCGAGGCAGACGUGAGCGGCAUCGCCCAGCGCGUGCAGGAGCUGAAGCGCAAGCACCACCAGCUGGAGGAGGCCGUGGAGGCGCUGCAGAAGAAGCUGGACAAGAUGCGGAUGGAGCAGCGGAAGCACACGAUGGACGCGCAGGCGGCGGCCGGCCAGCUGGAGCAGCUGGAGCGUCAGAUCGCCGAGCAGCGGGAGAAGGUGGCCCAGGCCACGCCCGACCCGGCCACCGUCAGACAAAUGGAGGCCCAGCUCAAACGGGCCACCAAAGAGUAUGAGAAGGCCGAGUCGGCGGCCAGCGCCGUCGAGGACCAGGUGAAGGCGGUGCACGCCAAAAUUAUGGAGGUCUCCGGAGGCAAGGUGAAAGCCGCCCAGAAGAAACUCGACGACGCCACCAAGAAGUUGGAAAAGGUGAGCGGUGACAUUGUCCGAUUGGGGGUAGCCAUCAAAACGGCCGAGAGGAAUGCCGUCAAGUGUCGGGACAAGAUCGCUGCGAUGGAGACCGAACAGAAAGAGGCUGAGGCGGAAAAACAGUCUCUGUGUGAUCAGCGGGAGAAGCUGGAGGAGACGGCUGCGGUAGCCAUCCAGGCCAUCAAGGAACUCGAGGACAAGCGGAAGGAGAUGGACCAGCAGCUGUCGGCGCUGAAGGAGGAGCGCGACACGGCAGCCGCUGACGAGGACAAGGUCAAGGCCUCCAAGAUCGAGAUCGACCAGGAAAUGGAGAAGUUUGACGGCGUCAUCAAGGAGAACAAGGCCAGAGCGCAGCACUGGAAGAAACAGCUGUCCAAGCUGGAGCUGCAGUCGGUGCCGGAGUCGGACCGCGCCGACGACGACAUUACGGAGCUGCCGCAGCUCUCGGAGGAGGAGCUGCGCCAGCUGGACGACGAGGCCGUCAAAUACACGCUGACAGUGCAGGAGGAGGAACUGAGCAGGCUGAAACCGGACCUCGCCGCGCUGGCAGAGUACAGGAAAAAGGAGGAAAUCUACCUUAACCGCGUGGCGGAGCUGGAUGCCAUCACUUCUCAGCGCGACACACAGAGAAAGUACUACGACGACCUGCGUAAACAGCGCUUAAACGAGUUCAUGGGCGGCUUCGCUAUCAUCACAUCCAAACUGAAAGAGAUGUAUCAGAUGAUAACACUGGGUGGUGACGCAGAGCUGGAGUUAGUCGACUCGCUGGACCCAUUCUCGGAGGGCAUCGUCUUCAGUGUUCGGCCUCCGAAGAAAUCAUGGAAGAACAUCACCAAGCUGUCUGGCGGGGAGAAGACGCUCUCCUCUCUCGCCUUGGUGUUCGCGCUCCACUACUACAAGCCCACGCCGCUCUACGUGAUGGACGAGAUCGACGCCGCUCUCGACUUCAAGAACGUCUCGAUCGUCGGAAAUUACAUCAAGGACCGGACCAAGAACGCCCAGUUCAUCAUCAUCUCGCUGCGCUCUCAGAUGUUCGAGCUCGCCGACCGGCUGGUGGGCAUCUACAAGACGCACAACGCCACCAAAUCGGUCACCAUCAACCCGGCGCUCAUCGGCCAGCCGGCCGCCGCCCCCGCCCCCGCCGCCAACGUGGCCGCCCCCGCCCCCGCCCCGGCGCCGGCCGCCGCAGCCGCCACGUAGAGGCACUGAAGCGACUGUCGGUGUCAGGCCUUACAGUUGCUGGUUCCGGUCUUAUGUGGAUAAUUUGAUGCCGUUUGAGAUGCAGUGUCAGAACAUACAAUGGACUCUAGGUGAAAUAGUAAACCCGCAAAACGGUGUAUACUGUAUAGCUUCAUUGCGCAUCGCGUCAUCUUCGCAUCAGUAGAUAAUGGUGGGGUAUGUAGGAGCAGUGACGGGCUUUGGAAUAAUGUUCACUAGCUGCUGCAGUCAUGCUUUAUGUGUGCUGGUGACGGUGCUGUGUUAGCACCGGCACCGAUCAGCAUUCCUGUGCUGGACGACCGUCUUCCAACCGAUGUCGCCCCGUCGCUUUCGUCAUGAACGAAACGCCGCCUUCUGCUUUCUGUCACGCUGUCUCGCUUUUAUUCAAUACAUGGCAAAUGUAA